AUGGUCUCAAGCGUAGCCACGACUGAUUUCUCAUCUGAAAUUGGCUUCAACAAAUUCCCUUAUUUGGUGGUGAAAAUUCCUGAAGCUAGAAACCUAGCAUAUUUCUCAGAAAACUGCUCACAAUUUACUCCUUAUGUCAAAGUCUCAGUUGGUUCUCGAUCUUAUUCUACAAGUGCCCAAGUCGUCUCAGACGCUGUCUAUUGAGAUGAAACUUUUGAAAUUUCUGGAGACAGCCAGAAACCUCUUAUUUGUUGCCUUAUGGAUAGGGAUGAAUUCGAUGGCGAUAUAAUGCUCGCUGGCUUGGCGAUCCCCAGAGAGUUGAUAAAGCAAUUCAUAGAAGAAACAACUCUGUGAAUCAGGCUGCGGAAUUUUACACAAGGCCUGAACACUACAGCUUCUUUUGAAGAGUCCCAAGCAAUCAGACCUUUUUGUGACGAGUUAAAAGUUGCGAACCCUGAAGAGUGCAUUGAGCCAAUUAUUUGUUUAAAAUUGACUUAUUACGGGCUUGAUUGCCUGAAGGAGUAUAAUGCUGAAAUCACAGACUAUGAAUCGGCAGUGAAAAGUGGUGAAUUAUUCACUCAAUACACAUUGACUAUUACCAGAAGGGACGGAUAUGCUUGGAAAAUUAAAUUUAGAUACAGUCAGCUAGACAAUAUUAGGAAGAGCCUGAUUUUGCAGUUUCCUGAGCUUAAAAAACUGUGCUUCCCUCGGAAGACUUUUUCAUUGCUCAGCAUCGUUUCGUUGAAGAGUCAGUUUGAUGAAGGACUUCUUGAGAAAAGGAAAUCAGAGAUGGAAAAGUUUUUGAAUUAUGUUUUGAAGUGCAGAUACCAUGAAAGAAGCCAGGAGUUUAGUGAGUUCCUUCAAAUGCCAGCAGGAGUAAAUUAA